UGAAGAGAGAGAGAGAGAGAGGAGAGAGAGUCGUCAAUCUACUGCUCUCCUUUACGGAGCCUAGAAACGCUAAAACGGUAAAACCUCGUCUUUCCAUUGGUGGCGGUGGCUUCGGUAUAGAAAAUCUCUAGAGAGAAAGUCUUUCGUCGUUUGGAUCGACCCGCAUUGUCUCCGCAGUAUCAUCAUAUACUACAAUAUGGUUGCGCAGGAGUUUGUCGUUGAUUUGAAUAAACCCCUUGUUCUUCAGGUUGGCCAUCUUGGAGAAGGUUAUCAGGAAUGGGCGCACCAGCCUAUUCCAACCAAGGAAAGCCCUCGAUUUUUUGAAAGUGAUAUUUUGGAGUUCUUGACCCGCACGGCCUGGUGGGUUAUUCCCCUUGUCUGGCUGCCAGUUGUCUGCUAUACCAUCUCCAUGUCUGUACGAAUGGGCCAUACAUGUUCUGAGAUAGCUGUGAUGGUGGCAGUUGGUGUAUUCAUCUGGACAUUGCUUGAGUACUCAUUGCAUCGUUUCCUUUUUCACAUCAAAACAAAGACCUACUGGGGAAACACCAUACAUUAUCUUCUCCAUGGCUGCCAUCACAAGCACCCAAUGGACAGCUUGCGUCUUGUGUUCCCUCCUGUUCCAGCAGCUAUUCUAACGAUACCUCUCUGGAACAUGAUUAAGCUUCUCUCCACUACUUCUACUACUCCUGCCCUCUUUGGUGGUGGUUUAUUGGGUUAUGUGAUGUAUGAUGUUACUCAUUACUACCUUCACCAUGGUCAUCCAUCGAAAGAGACAUUUCGAAAUCUUAAGAAAUACCAUUUGAAUCAUCACUUUCGCAUUCAGAACAAAGGCUUCGGCAUAACUUCAUCCCUGUGGGACAAGGUGUUUGGGACACUUCCUCAAACUAAAGCAGCUAAGAAAAGUAGAUAAUUCCGUUAAUGGCGAGGAUAAGGAUUGCUUCUCUUGAUUGGUUAUGCCGUGCGUGUUGAGUUACUUCAGUAUAUUUUCCUUCCUAAACAUUCUUUAUUCCAUUUCUGUCGUCUAGUUAAUUGUAGAUUUCUUUAAAUGGUGAAGUCAGGAUUGUCAUUUCAUGGAUGGGGAGUAUCAAUUUUGUGGUGUCCUUUCUCUAGAAGGCAAAUUUAUGUGUAAAUGAAAAUUAUGGUCUUAGUUACAACUUAUUGCUUGUUUAA